GGAAGGACCGAGAGGAGUGUGACGUGUUAACGAAGGCGGAAGUAAAACAAGGAGUGGUGGCUAACAAGUGAGCGUAUCUAAAUCUCCUUGGCGGUUGUGCAUAAGCUGUAUUGUGACUGGAUCGAGAUGGAAGGGGAUAGUGACGGGAUUUAUGAGGAAAGUAUGGAUGUGGAUAGGACUAGAGGGGAGAGAGGAAAGAAGGGGAGUGGAGGGCAUGAAGGAAAAUCGAGUGCUAAAAGAGUACACGAAGAAGAUGAAGAAGUAGAAAAGAGGAAAAAGACUAUGGAAGAUAAUUACAGGAUCAUAUAUACAUUUAAAUCAGGUCAAGACAUGAAUGACAUAAGUUUGAUGACACUGGUUAAGGGGUUAAAAAAGGACAUCGGAGAGGUGGAGAUAGCGAAGGUGCUCAGGGACGGACGACUUUUGAUCAAAUGCAAAAAUGGAGAGCAAAAGAACAAAGCAAUGCGGUUGCAAAAACUGUGCAAUAAGAUAAUAAAGGAAAAAAAUGGAAGUGGGGGAACGAAAGGGGGCAAGAGGAGUAGUGACAGGAAUCCCAAGGGGUGAAAAUUUAGAAGAAUUGAAAAGACAAAUAAAAGGGGGUACUGUCAAGAUGAUGACAAGAAUGAUGGCAUUUAGAAAUGGAGAAAAGACGGAGAGCGAAUCUGUAUUAGUACAGUUUGUCGAGGAAGUCCUACCGCAAAGAAUUAUGAUUGGGUUUUUAAGCUUUUACGUUAGAGCUUACGUCCCACCCCCAGUACGCUGUUUCAAGUGCCAAAGCUAUGGGCACAUAGCCAGUGUGUGCCAUGCUAAGUUGAGAUGUGGAAGGUGUGGAGGAGAGCAUGAAUACGGACAAUGUGGAGACAAUAUACUGGUCAAGUGUUGUAACUGUGGCGGGAAUCACACAGCAGCGUAUGGAGGAUGUGUCAUUAGGAAACAGGCAACAGAAGUACAGCAAAUCAGAGUAGAAAGAAAUAUUACAUACGCAGAGGCAGUUAAAGUAAGAAAUAAAGAAAGUGUAGAACAAGAUAGAAGUGAGAAUAGAUCAGAACAAGACAGAUGUGACAAUAAUUCAAGUAAUAAAAAACAAGAGGCAGCAAAUACAGGACUUUCCAUGGACAAGCUAGUUGUGUUCCUGGCAUAUGUAAUAAACUGCACAGAACAGGCAAGAAAUAAAACUGAGAAGAUCAAAAUAAUUGUCAAAGCAGCAGCAAAGUUCUUAAAUUUAAAAGAACUAUCUUGGGAACAGGUACAAGGUGAACUACAGAGAGUAGACGAGACCGAGUCAUGUUACCACAAUCCAACGCCAUGUUAAUUGUUCAGUGGAAUGCCAGAAGUUUAAUAGCAAACGGACAGGAACUAAAGGGUUAUAUUAAUAAUAUGAAAAAUAAACCACAUAUACUAUGUAUUCAAGAAACCUGGCUGAAGCCAAAAUUGAGCUUUAUAAUAAAAGGAUACAUAACAAUACGUAAAGAUAGGAAUGAUGGGCAAGGAGGAGGAUGUGCCAUAUUUAUUAAAGAAGAUAUGCAAUAUACAAUAUUAAAAGAAAAACAAGAACUAGAAAUAGUAGGGGUAGAAGUAUGGAAUAAUAAAGAAAGAUACAAAGUGCUAAACUUCUAUAAUCCGUGCAAGAAAUUACAAAUUCAUCAACUAGAAACAAUAGUCGAGCACUGGAGUGGCAAUAUCAUUUGGUGUGGUGACUUUAAUGCACAUAGCACAAUGUGGGGUGAAAGGGAUGACUGGAAUGGGGAAACAUUGGAAGCAUUUUUGGAGGAAAAAGAACUGGUGUGUGUGAAUGAUGGGUCGGGAACAAGUUUAGAUGUAGUUACGGGUAAAGAAACAGCAAUAGAUUUAACACUAGUGUCACAAGGGUUAGCAGGAAAGGUAGAGUGGGAAGUAAAUAAAGACAGCACUAUAGGAAUUGAUCACUACCCAAUAUUCAUUCACAUAAACAUAAACCAAAGGACAGAAAGCACUAAAAUAGAAGGAAGAUGGAAGUAUAAUCACGGUGAUUGGGGACAAUAUAGGGAAAGUACCGACAUGACAUUAAAGGAAGUGGAUAUAAAUCAAGAUAUUGAACAACUGAAUACAGAUAUUACAAAGUGCAUAAUGGAAGCAGCCAAAAAGAGCAUACCAAGGAGUAGUAUAGGGAAAAGAAGGAAGAUAGUGCCGUGGUGGACACAAGCGUGCACAGACGCAAUAAAAGAACGGAAUAGAGCAUUUAGAAUAUUGAGAAGAACACAUAAUUUCCAAGAUAUGAUCCAAUAUAAAAGGCACCAAGCUAAAGUAAGGUAUGUUAUUAAAAAGACAAGAAAACACUACUGGAGAAAGUUUUGUGAAUCAUUAAAUAGAACUACUCCUUUAGGCCAAGUGUGGGGAAUGAUCAAGAAAAUGUCAGGGAUCAGAAAUGAACAUAAAAAUCAUGUGAUGAAAGAUGGGACACGGUGUGUGGUAGAAAAUAAAGAAAAAGCAGAACUUUUAGCUAAAACAUUUGUUAAAGUGCACAGUAAUGAUAAUUUGAGAAAUGUAGAAAUACAAAAGAGAGAAGAAACAAUUAGUUUAAAUAUUGGGGAAAUGAUGGAAGACAACGAUAAUAGGGUAACCAACACUAUAGAUAUGAAAUUUUCUUUGAAUGAAAUGGUUCGAAUAUUGAAAAAGGUUAAAAAUACAACACCAGGAAAAGACCAGGUGAGUUAUCAAAUGAUCAAAAACCUAAGUAGGAUUGGCAAAGAAGUGGUCUUGAAAUUAUAUAAUAGGAUAUAUGAAGAAGGAAAAUUACCAGCAGAGUGGAAAGAAGCUGUAAUAAUUCCAAUAUGCAAACCAGGGAAAGAUCCAGAAGAGGCAGGUAAUUAUAGGCCGAUAGCAUUGACCUCAAAUUUGGGCAAAGUAAUGGAAAAAAUGAUUAAUGAAAGACUAGUAUAUUAUUUAGAGUCAAAAGAAAUAAUAAAAAAUUACCAAAGUGGAUUUCGCAAAGCAAGAAACACAAACGACCCAGCAGUGCAGCUGGAAGAGGAAAUUAGAAAGGGACAAAUAAAUAAAGAAAGUAUUAUUGCAGUAUUUUUUGAUAUAGAGAAAGCUUAUGAUAUGUUGUGGAAACAGGGGUUGCUGAUAAAACUAAAUAAAAUUGGGAUUAGAGGGAAAAUGUAUAGAUGGAUAAAAGACUUCUUAACAAGUAGAAAAAUAUUAGUAAAAAUAGAGAAUGAAUACAGCAGAGUAUAUGAAGUGGAAAAUGGGACCCCGCAAGGAAGUAUAAUAAGUCCAGUAUUAUUUUCAAUAAUGAUAAAUGAAGUUUUUAGUGAAGUAGAAGGGUUAGUGGAUGUGGCACUGUUUGCUGAUGAUGGUGUGAUGUGGAAGAGAGGUAGAAAUACUAAUCAUAUAGAAAAGAAGAUUCAAAAAGCGGUAAAUAAUGUUCAAGAAUGGGGAACGGCUUGGGGUUUAAGAUUCUCUGUUGGAAAGACAAAAGUCAUAAAUUUUACAAAGAGGAAAGUACAAAACAAGCUCCAAAUUAAACUCUAUGGAGAAAAUAUAGAAGAGGUACAAGUUUUUAAAUAUUUGGGUAUAUGGUUUGAUAAAAAUAUUAACUGGUCAACCCACAUCAGCAAAAUAGUGGAGAAAAGUAAAAAGGUGUUAAAUAUAAUGAGGGCUUUGAGGGGUAAAGAUUGGGGGGCUGAUAGGCAGACAUUGAAAGCAAUAUAUAUGACUUUAAUUCGUUCUGUUAUUGAUUAUGGAUGCAUUAUUUAUCAAUCUGCUUCAAAAACAUUACUUGGGAAAAUAGACAGGAUCCAAUCACAGGCUUUAAGGUUAUGUUGUGGAGCUACAAAAUCAACCCCAGUUGCAGCAUUACAAGUAGAGAUGAAUGAAAAACCUUUAGAUAUGAGGAGAGAUCAAUUGUCAGCAGUUUAUUGGGCAAACUUAAAAGGGUCCAAGCAAGGACAUCCAACCCAUCAAGUGUUACUAAACUGCCAAGAAAAAGAGAAGAAAAAAAUGAAUAGUUUCGGGUGGAUAAUAGGAGACAUAUGUAAUAAAGCUCAAAUUGAUAAUAUUAAAGUUAGCCCUACAGUACCAAUCCCUGCAAUACCACCGUGGAUGUAUGAAAACCCAAAUGUAAAUAUGCAAUUACUAAAGAAUAGAAAUUUAAAUAGUUACCAGAUAGAACAAUGGAUUGAGGAAACGUUUUUAGACAACAUCAUGGUGUACACAGAUGCAUCAAAAACUAUAAAUAAUAAGGUAGGAGCAGCAGCUGUUAUCCCACAAGGAAACAUAGUAUUAAAUAAAAGAAUUAGUGAUAAGUUAUCUGUUUUUACGGGAGAAUUGGUAGCAAUUUAUAUGGCAAUUCAUUGGAUAGAAGAAAAUAAAGCAAGAAAAGCAGUCGUGUGCUCGGACUCAAGCAGUGCAUUGAUGAGCAUAAAAAACAUAGCAUCAGAAACAAGACAAGAUUUAGUAUAUGAAAUAGUUCAGGCAAAUUACAGAAUAAAUAAAGCGGGAGGUGUGGUAACAUUUCUUUGGGUUCCUGCUCAUGUAGGAGUUGAGGGGAACGAACUAGCGGAUAAAUACGCAAAACAAGCAACCACUAAAACAGAAGUAAACAUGGAGAUUAAGCACAGUAAAGAGGAAGUGAAGAACAUAAUUAAGAUGGAACACAAUAAAAAGUGGCAGGAUAAUUGGAAUAAGGAAACAACAGGUAGAGAGUAUUACAAAGUCCAGAGGAGAGUAGGUGUAAUGAGAGGAGGCAAUAGAAAUAGGAAGGAAGAAGACAUUAUUACUAGAAUGAGAUUAGGACAUACAUAUCUAAAUAGUUCAUUAAAAUUAAUAGGGAAACAUACUACAGGACUGUGUGAUUCUUGCCAACAGCUAGAAAGUGUAGGACAUGUUUUAAUAUAUUGUAGGAAAUAUAAUAGAGAAAGGGUAAUACUGGAAAGUAAGUUAGCGAAAGAGAAUAUUAGGUUAGCAGUGGAAGAUAUAUUAGGAAUGCACUCAGAACACAUAGGUUAUAAAGCAAUAUGCACAUAUUUAAAACAUACUGGGUUAAAUAAAAGAAUAUAGAGUAGGGAUCCACCUCGGUCCACACUCCAAUACAGUAGGUGGCGGUAAUGCACACCACAAGGUUGCUUGCCAACCGCCAUAAAAAACAAAAAAGAAGAAGAAGAAGAUCGUCAGGCUUAACAAGGUGAACGCGCGCAGGUUGAGAAGGAAUCCCCAGGACUACCCAGCAGACCCGCAGGCUACCGAAAAGAAUCCCCAGAGUCCCACAAUACGCAGGGGCAGAGGAAACUCUGCCUCCAAAGUCGGGGUUGCGGGGGCAGCAGCCUAAGCAGAGAAGCCCAGACUUCCCUCUCCCCAGCCACUUCGUCCAGCUCUUCUCGGGGGAUCCCGAAGCGUUCCCAGGCCAGCCGGCUGACAUAGACUUCCCAAUGUGUCCUGGGGCUUCCCCGUGGCCACCUGCCGGUCGGACUUGCCCUAACGAAAAAAGCAAUUAAAAUGUAUUCAAACACAACUCCUAAACCAAACAUGUGAAAUGUCUAAAAUGCCUGCAAUAUUGAAUCUAUGUGAGUUUUACUAGAAUCAGUUGUUUUUGUAAGGUUUGCAAAUACAAAAAUUAGGUUUAUCACUUAAUGACAGUAACAUUUUCUAAUGCAUGAAGAAAUGCAUCUUUUGUGAGUUUUACUAGUAACAUUUUCUUUUGUAAGCAUUGCAAAGACACAAGUUAGUUUGUUUUACUCACUAUGACUUUACUGUCACACUCAAUAUGACAGUUAUUUAAACAUAACUCCUAAACCGCACAUACAAAAUGGCUAAUAAUGCCUGUAGAAAUGUAUCUUUGAGUUUUACUGGGAACAAUAUUUUGUAAGGUUUGUAAAGACACAAGUUAGUUUUUUUUUUUUUACUCCAUAUGACAGUAUUACUGUAAUAGUAAAUAUGAAAGUUAUAUAAACACAACUCCAAAACCAAAUAUGCAUUAUGUCUAAAAAUGCCUGUGAUAUUGUAUCUGAGUUUUACUAGAAUCAAUUGUUUUUGUAAGGUUUGCAAAUACAAAAUUUAGGUUUUACUCACUAUGACAGUUAUUUAAACAUAAAUCCUAAACAACAAAUGCAAAUAGCUAAUAAUGCUUGGAGAACUAUACUUUGUUAUAGAGAGCCUGCUGACCAACAGCAUCUCUGUCUGGACUGGAGCCUGCAGUGCCUCAGAUUGGAAGUCUCUCCAGAGAGUGGUGAGGACGGCGGAAAAGAUCUUCAGGAAUCCUCUUCCUCCUAUCCAGGAGAUCGCAAAAAGCGCUGCCUGACCAGGGCUCAGAAAAUUUGCAAAGACUCCUCCCACCCCCACCAAGGACUGUUUUCACUGCUGGACUCUAGAAAGAGGUUCUGCAGCCUCCGAAGCAGAACCUCCAGCUUCUGUAACAGCUUCUUCCCUCAGGCCGUAAGACUCUUGAACGCAUUAUAAUUAAAUUAUCCCCUCAACUCCCCUCGAAAUGGAUUAACUCGCUGGAAUAAAAAAACACAAUAUAACAUACACCCAUAAACGUGGGCGCAUGUGGAAAAAGUGCAAUAUAUUUA